AUGAUUCGAUCAGAACGCAACCGACAGAGCCGCAACAUAAUAAGAUUUAGCAAUCUAGCAUUACCCCAUCAAAAAGUGAUUGUAGUUAACGACAAAAUUGGCGCGGAACGAAAAGCUGACGCAGCAAUAUGUACGUGGCUCUCAGAGCAGUACGGUGAAAAAGUGUGGCAAUGUGGCGUAAAUCGUUUGGAUGAAUCCUCUCCGUAUUUGGUUAUGCUUGUAUCGAAGCUUGAGCGCCGGUUCGAGCUGAAUCUGUUGUUCAAAUUUAUAGCCAAAUGCCGCAAAGAUCCGAACGUAACGCACCUGUUCGUGUGGGUUGCGGAGAGCAAGCUUCAACAUUCUUUUGCCCUGCCAUACUUCGAGCACAUGGCGGACACCGUGGUCACUUUCGAAGACACCCAACACCUGUCGCUGGUGGUUAAAAAGCCCAGUGGAUCCGUGACUAACAAAUACUACGAAAUGUGCAGUCCAUCAGACCGAAGUCAGAACGCGCGUGAUGAGGAGUUUAGCGUAUUGGAAGCGAAACGUCCACUGCAAGCGAAACAGCAACAGAAUGCCGCAGAAGCUGAACCACCGAUUAACCCGGCAACGCUCGGAACGUUUAAAAUAGACCUGAAGGAGGGAGAGCUGCAGGCGAAAAACGCACUCACGUUGCCGUUUGAAUUCUUUAAAACCACUCCUGAAGGGGGCAAAAUUCUCUACCAUCCCGACGCUGCCGACGAUCUCGACGAAGAAGACCCGGACGAUGAUUUGUUAAUAUAGAGCAACGACAAAACGGCGAAAGUAAAGAGGUUGCAGCAAACAUUGGUUUCGGUUGGAUUCAUUUUAUUAUCGUUUUGCUGCACGCGCAAACACUUGAAUAUGUUGAUUCCUAUAAAGCAAUCGAUAGCUGCCUUCAAGCAUAAAAUACUAACACGCUACAUACACAUGCUUCUCUGGGGCGUUCGAGUAAAAAAACACAGAUGGUGCAAUGUUUGCGGAUACUUCCGCUGGCAGAUUGGAGCUGCUGAACACGUGCCUCACGUUUAUACGUUGAAGAUUGGAGUGCAAAUCGCGUCGUCAGAAUAAACAGGGAUAUGAUCCUGGGCUAAUGCGUGCUGUACGAUGAAUGGGUUCGAUAAAUGGGUACGACAGCGCG